UUUAUCAUCAACAUGACACCUGGAAAUGAAACAAGCAACUCCUACUUUUUUCUAUUGAAACUGACACAUGAUGCUAAAAUGGAGCCCCUCAUCUUUGGCCUGUUCCUCUUUGCGUAUCUGGUCACAGUUCUAGGAAAUCUGCUCAUCAUUCUUGCGGUCAGCUCUGAAGCCCAUCUACAAACACCCAUGUACCUCUUUCUCUCCAAACUUUCAUUUACUGACAUCUGCCUUAGUACAACAACAGUCCCCAAUAUGCUGAAAAACAUCCACACACAGGAUCAGAGCAUCAGUUACAUGGGCUGUCUUACUCAGGCCUGCUUUGUUUUGAAUUUUGCUGUAUUAGAAAGCUGUGUCCUUGCUGCAAUGGCUUAUGACCGCUAUGCAGCUAUUUGCCAUCCCCUUAACUACACAGUAAUUAUGAAUCCAAAAUUCUGUAGUCUGCUAAUUCUAUUGUCACUGACCAUUAGCAUAGUGAACAGUUUAUUACAGUGCCUCAUGAUACUGAGGGUCUCAUUUUGCACAAACCUUCAACUUCCUCUGUUCUUCUGUGAACUGGCUCAGGUCAUUAAGCUUGCCUGUUCUGAUACUCUCAUCAACUAUAUCCUGAUAUAUCUUGCAACAUUUAUAUUUGGUGGCAUUCCAAUCUCUGGAAUAGUUUUCUCUUAUACUCAAAUUGUCUCUUCUAUUUUGAGAAUAUCUUCAAUGAGAGGAAGGUAUAAAGCCUUUUCCACUUGUGGGUCUCACUUUGUAGUAGUGUCAUUAUUCUAUGGGGCAGCAGUGGGGGUUUAUGUCAGCUCUGCAAUUACUGUUUCACCUCAGAUCACUACAAUUUCAUAUAUGAUGUACACUGUCCUCCCUCAAAUGCUGAACCCCUUUAUUUAUAGCCUAAGGAAUAGGGAUAUGAAGAAAGCCUUAAGGAAACUUAUCACAAAGGUACCUUGCCUUCCAUGA